UCACAAAAGAAUGAUGGCUGACACUACGUCAUAAUAUUGUUCACAAAAGUGAAUAUCGGCCACUCGAAGCAGUGGUACUAACAGUUUCGAGCUCACAGUGACUGUUAGGGGGAAGAACUAGUUUUCUUAAAAUAUAUAUGGUGAUGACACAAUUCUCACCACUGGUCUCAAUUCGUAGUCAAUUUUAGUGAUUCUUUUUUUUUUUUCGAUUUCUUAACUGUCUGGCUAUUAUUUAUAGUAUAGUAGUUUUGGAUUUGUUGCCUUACUAAUUUGUAUGCUACUAUUUUUACUUUAUAAGAUCAAUGUGGUAAUCAGAUUUACUUACAAUUAGUAUUUCCUUUACUGCACCCUAUUGUAUUAUCAUGAGCAUUUCUGUUUUGAGUAUUAUAAUUUUUGAGUCUUUAUUUACGUAAAACGUUUGUUUUUGUGAAUUGACGACAUUGAGUCUAUGCUUUCGAAUUCUUUUGGCCCGUACGUUAUUGGCAUUGACACAAGAGAAAACUAUUUUUAAAGGUGAAAUCAGAAUUCCUAGCUUUUUUCGUCUGAUUUUCUGAUCAAAGCUCAUGUUUAUGUUAUUAAUAAUAAAUAGUAAUUUCCGUAUUUUCAUAUGGUUUUCACUCGUGGAGAUUAGAAUAUUUAUUAUUUAAUGUUUUCAUGUGAUUUAGUUUUUUUUUAAACCUCAAACAAGUAAUUUUGGCAUACAUUAUGUACAUAAUUCUAAUUCUGGUACUCCCGGAAACUAGCAAAAAUUGUUGAGGAAUUUGAUGGAGGAUUUGGAAAAUUCAUUUUUUAUUUUUACGUAAAUUGAAACAUUAUUUACCAGUAUCUAAAAAAUUUAUGUUGAACACUUCCAAGGCGCGUAAUAUGUACUUAUGUAUAUCAUACGAUGGAGGCUAAAUUGUAGGCCCGUAUAAUAGUAAAGAACUCACUAGAGAUUUAAAAAUUGGAAUAGUUGAGUAUAAUAAGUUUGUUAAUUCCGUGAUAGGCCGAUUUAUAAAGCCCAACAAACUAUUAUUAAACGCAUUUAGGUAUUAGUAUGUAAAUGCAAACUUAACUCCAAUUUCCUUUCAAAAAUAUUUAGCUGUGAAUUUAACAGAUUAAAGGAAAUUUGUUUUUUGAAGCUAAGCUGUACUGGUUGGAUUUAAAUUUAAAAAAAAUAUUUUAAAAUUAAAACUUUGUAGCAACGUUGUGUCCUAGCACAAUAAGCGUAUAUGGGCUCGGUGAAUCCCGGAAGGUUGGCAGAUCUGACUGCUAUCCUGUAAAAUAAGUAAGCACUAAAUUUCAGUAUUCAUCAACAGAUGGCAAACCAUGUUUUGAUUAUCUAACAACCCUAAUGUAUUAUUCAUGAAAUACUUUGUUAGCAGCAAAACCCCACUAAAUGGAGAUAUACUGCCUAUUUAUUUUUAUUAUUGCCAUCAAGGAUCACUAUAAUCCGGAAUCAAAACGUCAAAAUUUUUGAUUUGUAGUUUACAUUAUCUAUGAUUAAUAAUGACAUUCAAAUACCAUAAAUAUGAAAUGGUACAACAUAACCUACAAUAAUUAACAAUCUCUAACAAUGAAACCGUUAACUUUUCCAUUUUAAAAUACACUUCAUAGCUUGACCUAAUUUAAUGUGUUAAGUCAAGUGUUAAGUGUUCAUUUCUUUGGUAAAAUGUACUUUGCUCAGCGUUUAGGACUAUUUCAUAAAUUUAGGAACUUCUACAAAUUACAAAACGUAGUAAGAAUUUCUAAUGAAAGUAAAAAAACACGUAAAUUACAUUUUAUAACUGGAUUUGGUCUUGCUUCAGCAACUACUGUGUCUCUUCUUGAUGAGAAUAUAACUGAUACUGUGAUAUCCCAAUAUGCAGGUGUUAGGAGAUUUGUAAGAUCAUUACAAAUUGGGUUACUUAUUUCUUUGGAUUACUACUUCUCUAAGAUAGGUAUAGAAAAUGAGUCAGAUAAUGGUAUCAUUUUAACCAGUCUUUUACAUCAAAGAGCUGCUAACAGAAUUUUAAUGGGAUGCUUAGAGAAUGGUGGUACCUACAUUAAGAUUGGGCAAGCCCUUGUUUGCAUGAAUCAUAUUCUACCAGAUGAAUAUAUAAAAACAUUAAAAGUUCUACAAGAUAAAUGUUUGAUGAGACAUUCAGAUGAAUUAAACAAGUUAUUUAUGCAAGACUUUGGGAGAAAGCCAGAGGAAAUUUUUGAAACUUUUGAUCCAAAUCCAAUAGCUGCAGCAAGUUUAGCCCAGGUGUAUAAGGCAACUACUAAAGAUGGAAAUAAUGUAGCUGUUAAGGUACAAUACAUUGAUCUUCAAAAACGUUUUGUCAGUGAUGUUGCUACAAUUGAAUUGCUUCUCAAAAUAAUCGGAUUUAUGCACAAAGAUUUUAAUUUCAGUUGGGUUUUGGAUGAUAUUAAAGACUCCCUGAAGCAGGAAUUGGAUUUUAGAACAGAAGGAAAAAAUGCAGAGCAAUGUGCUAAAGACAUAAAACAUUUAAAAUAUGCUUAUGUGCCAAAGGUCUUUUGGGAAUUGAGCAGUUCAAGAGUUCUUGUAACAGAGUAUAUUGAUGGAUAUAAGGCAAAUGAAACAAAAAGGCUUAUAAAGGACGGCUUCUCCCUUGCGGACAUUGAUAAAAAGAUUUUUGAAAUUUUUGGGACGCAGAUAUUUCAUACUGGUUUUGUACAUGCCGACCCUCACCCAGGAAAUCUUCUGGUACGGAAGAUCAAUAGAAAAACGCAGAUUGUUUUACUUGAUCACGGUCUGUAUCAACAAGUGUCUGAUUUUGAAAGGACAACAUUGAGCAAGAUUUGGAAAGCAGUUGUAACAAAUAACAAUAAUGACUUAAAAAAGUAUUGCCUUGAAUUAGGCAUAAAGGAGUUUGAAAUGUUUGCGGAAAUUUUGACGCAGUCUCCUUACAGACAUACAGGAUUAGAGCUGAAAAAGACGUAUUCAGAAGAAGAUAUUAGACUUAUGAAAGAAUUUGCUCAAAAUAGAUUCGACAGGAUCAUGGAUGUAUUACGACAAAUGCCAACUAAUCUACUAUUAGUAUUGAGGAAUUUAAAUACAAUUAGGGCAAUUGCUAGAGAGCAUGGUGAUCCAUUAGAUAGGUAUGAAGAAUUGGCAAGGAUUGCAACCAGAAAUGUUUUUAUAUCAGAAAAAUCCUUUGGAAAUCUAGUCUUUAUGAUUAAAGAUAAAAUUCUUUUUGAAAUUAGACUAAUAAUUCACAAAAUAUAUGAAUUAUUCUUAAAAAGACUUCUAAAAAAGGUAACGAGUGCGUCUGAAUUUCAUAACAUAAUAACAAAAAUGAAGGAAAGCGAAAAUUCUUUAGUUUAGCAUUUUUAAUAUUAACGAAAUAAAACAUCACAAAACCAUAA